GGUCAUAUGGUACAACACCACAGGAUUUUAUACCAUUUACAAGUUACGAAACGCAAGAUAUUGUGAUGUGCGUUGAUGAAAAAAAAUUCGAAGAAAUUAUGCGACAAAAUGUUUUAGGAUCUCCGGAAAUAGCAUACAAGAAACAUACAGCUACGGAUAUAAUAAAAGAACCCAAUAUAAAUACAGAAUGUCUUUUAAAUUCUGUUGAUUCAAUGCCAAAAUUAAUGGAUCAUGAACAGAUUUGCCAGAACUUGAAUCUAUCACAAAAAUAA